AUGAGUUCCAAAGUCCAGGCUAGUGCUGUCCGUGACUCCAUCCGUAAUCUCGUCACCUACUCAAAGGAAGGCAAACCCAGAAAAUUCGUAGAAACUGUAGAAUUGCAAAUCGGUCUCAAGAACUAUGAUCCUCAACGUGACAAGCGUUUCUCGGGUACCGUCAGAUUGCCCAACAUCCCAAAGCCCAGAAUGACCAUCUGUAUCUUGGCUGAUGCUGCUCACAUCGAUCAAGCAAAGGCUAUUGGAUUGGACUUUAUGUCCGUUGACGACUUGAAAAAGCUCAACAAGAACAAGAAGCUCAUCAAGAAGCUGGCCAAGAAAUACGAUGCUUUCUUGGCCUCCGAAGCCUUGAUCAAACAAAUCCCUCGUUUGUUGGGUCCUGGUUUGUCAAAGGCUGGUAAAUUCCCUACUCCCGUCAACCACGCUGAAAACUUGGCUGAAAAAGUCGCUGAAAUGAAGGCUACCAUCAAAUUCCAACUCAAAAAAGUAUUAUGCUUGGGUGUUGCUGUCGGUCACGUGCAAAUGUCAGAAGAUGAAUUGGUAAACAACACCAUGUUGAGUAUCAACUUCUUGGUCUCUCUCCUCAAGAAGAAUUGGCAAAACGUCCGUAGUUUGUUUGUAAAAUCUUCCAUGGGCAAACCACAACGUCUGUAUUAA